AUGACGUGAGCACCCAGCGAUUUGUCCGAAUCUAGUCACUUCCAUCUAUACGAUGCCGGCUUCACACUUAUUCAAACAUCAACGGCGGUCAGGUUCGAUCACCACGGACGGAGCUCUUCCACGAUCCGUCUCCAAGAUGACACAAUUUCUUUCGGCCGGGCUUUCAAAGCCUCGGUGAUCGACCUCAUGAUGGUCUGCUCGAUCGUCAAUCAUGUCAUACUCUCUCGAGCGCUGUCAACGCGGAGGUGCUCAAUGCUCAACAUUGCACAAGUUCGUCGACGCCCUCGAUAGCUCAUCGACCUCAAGUAUAUAAUGGCUCACGAGUCCACUCCUUGUCCGAAAGAAUACUUCAUCACCUUCAACAUCAGCUUCUUGGCACACCACCGCAUCACUCUCCUAUAAGUCAUCAUCACCCAAACAUACAAAUCUUCAAGAUGCGUGUUCAAAAUGGUGUCUCUCUGCUCGCUGCAGCCAGCAUUGCCUAUGCUGCACCUCUGGUGAACCCGGUUGCUCCUGUGAUCAAGCCGGUCGAGUCUGCCCUCGACCCUAUCGAGAACCUAGCCGCUGGCAACCCACUCCUUUCCGCCCCCGCCGCCAUCAUCGCUCAAGCCGACAGCGCCCUUCUCCAGCCUCUUGCCCAGGACAACUUCAAGCGCACAGACAAGCCUGUCAAGGCAGCCGCUGGCAUUCUGGCUGACGCUGGCGACGCUCUUCUGUUCCCCGCCGAGGUCCUCGACGACGCCCUUCACCGUGAGGCUGCCAAGGGCCGCAAGCACUACCCUCGCACCUUUGUCCCGGCCAAGGAGGCCGAGAAAGACGCCGCUGGCAUCCUCGCUGAUGCCGGUGACGUUCUUCUCUUCCCUGCCGAAGUCCUCGACGAUGCACUCCACCGUGAGGCUGCCAAGGGUCGCAAGCACUACCCUCGCACCUUCGGCCCUGCUGCUAAGGGCGUCGAGAAGGACGCUGCUAGUAUUCUUGCCGAUGCUGGUGAUGUAAUCCUUUCUCCCUUCGAGUCUCUCGAGGAGUCCCUCCGAGCCGCCUCGAAGGGCCGUAAACACUACCCUCGCACCCUGGGCCCAGCCGUCAACAGCGCUGAGAAAGAAGCUGCCGGCAUUCUUGCCGAGGGCGCUGACAUUGCUCUCUCGCCAUUCGAGUCGCUCGAGGAGGCCCUCCGCGCUGCUUCCAAGAGUCGCAAGCAUUACCCACGCACCUUCGGCCCUACCGCAAAGGGCGUCGAGAAAGACGCUGCAGGCAUUCUCGCCGAUGCUGGCGAUGUCGUGCUCUCUCCUUUCGAGUCACUCGAGGAGGCUCUUCGCGCCGCCUCCAACGGCCGCAAGCACUACCCUCGCACCAUCAAGCCCGUGAAGGAGGCCGCUAGCGAGGCUGCUGACGUCGUCGCCGCUGGUGCUGACAUUCUUUUAUCGCCCGCCGAGGCCCUCGACAAGGCUCUGCACAAGGCUAGCGGGAAGCACCCUCGCGAUCUCGAGGCGCGCACCUUCCCUCUCUUCUUCCCGCCGCCGCCUCUCGUCGCCGGCGCCAUCAUUGCUCACGAGGCCGCUGACGCUUUCGAAGAUGCCCUCCGCGGCCCUUACUACGAUGAGUACGAUGGCCGUGACGAUGACUACUACUACGACAACCACUUCUAGAUGCGCCUGGUCAAAUAUGAAUUCGGAGCACGAAUCAUGGAUGGUGUUCU